UGAGUGCAGGGUCGUUGACAGUCUGCUCUGAAUUGUAAACAGGAAAACACCUUGUGUGAACAUUGCGUAGCCCGUGAGGAAACAUGGGCAAAAGCUGUAAGGUUGUGGUUUGUGGACUCGCAUCUGUUGGCAAGACUGCUGUUCUGGAGCAACUACUGUAUGCCAAUCAUGUACCAGGUUCAGAGCCGAUGGAAACCCUGGAGGACAUUUACAUAGGCUCCAUCGAGACGGACCGCGGCACCCGCGAGCAGGUCCGGUUCUACGACACGCGUGGGCUCCGCGACGGCCUGGAGUUUCCUCGUCACUACUACACCUUCGCCGACGGCUUCGUCCUGGUCUACAGCAUCGAGAGCAAAGAGUCCUUCAAACGCAUGGAGACACUGAAGAAGGAGAUCGACCGUUACCGCGACAAGAAAGAGGUGACCAUCGUUGUGCUGGGGAACAAGCUGGACCUUCACGAGCAGAGGAGAGUGGACUCGGAGAUGGCCCAGAACUGGGCGCGGCAGGAGAAGGUCAAACUGUGGGAGGUUUCCGUGGGCGACCGGCGGACUCUUAUUGAGCCGUUCGUGUACCUGGCCAGCAAAAUGACCCAACCACAAAGCAAAUCAACAUUUCCCCUCAGCCGGAACAAGAACAAGGGUAGCGGCUCACUGGAUAGCUAGAGAGACA